UACUACGCAGUGCUCUACCCGAUGAUCUACCCCAUGAAGAUCACAGGAAACCGGGCCGUCGUGGUCAUCGCCUACGUGUGGCUCCACUCUCUGAUUGGCUGUGUGCCUCCUCUGUUCGGCUGGUCCUCCUUCGAGUUUGACUGCUUCAAGUGGACCUGCGUUGCGUCUUGGCACAGAGAGCCGAGCUACACAGCCUUCUGGGUCAGCUGGUGCAUCCUCCCGCCGUUGAUCAUUAUGCUGGCCUGCUAUGGCGUCAUUUUCCGCGUUGCCCGCAUGAAAGCUCGGAAAGUCCACUGCGGUACGACCGUAGUGGCUCAGGACGACUCCACUGGGGCUCAGAGGAACGGACGCAAGAACUCCAGCACCUCAACUUCCUCUAAUGGAAGCCGGCGGAGCCUUGUGUACGCAGGGAGCCAAUGCAAGGCCUUUGUCACCAUUUUAGUGGUGAUAGGCACCUUCCUGGUGACGUGGGGGCCGUAUGUCGGUGUGGUGUGCACCGAGGCUCUGUGGGGACAGGGGAGUGUAUCUCAGGGGCUGGAGACUCUGGUCGCAUGGCUUUCCUUUUGCAGCGCCGCGUGCCACCCGCUCAUCUAUGGUCUGUGGAAUAAAACGGUGAGGAAGGAGCUGCUGGGGAUGUGCUUCGGAGACCGCUACUACAGAGAGUCGUUUGCUACCCGGCAAAGGACGUCCCGACUCUUCAGCAUCUCCAACAGAAUCACAGACUUGGGUAUGUCUCCGCACCUGACGGCCAUGUUGGCUGGUGGAGGGCAUCUGUUGGCCCCUGGGAGCAGCACAGGAGAUACCGGCUUCAGUUUCACUCAGGACUCGUGCACAGACGUGAUGCUGCUGGAUAACUUCUCUGUUGACGGCUCCUCCCAACCACAGCAGCACGGGAAUCUGUCCGGAAAGAGGAGGAGCUCAGUCACAUUUGAAGACCAGGUGGAGCAUUCCAAAGCUGAAAGCCACAACGCAUCCUCGGUCCAAGUCCACGCAGAGGUGCACAAAUCUCUCGACACUUUUGCCUCCUGCCUGGCGAAGGCCAUAGAGAGUGACGCUAAGCUCACUCUGUUUGGCGAGGGCCUGGCUCUGCCAGGGGGACUGUUUGUGACGAGGGCGGUGCCGAGACCCAGAUACUUGGACGGUCAGAGACUGAGGCUGGAGAGCAUUGAUGAAGGGAUCGUCAAAGACGACAGAGAUGAAGAAGAGCGGGACGUGGAGGAGAAACCUGCAUGAACGAUGCGGCUCGUCUGGUAACUUGUCAGACAUCAUUCCACUAUACUCAGUUUAUUAUCAGUGAACUGUGCUGGUUUCACACCCUCGGCACUAUUAUGUGACCUGUCAGAGCGGAGCCUGUCCUGCUCUGUUCUGCAGAUGAUAAGGUCUCGGACACCGUACUUGAAAUGAUAAGAGGUACGUUGACACUUGACGACACGCACCAGCAGUUUUUUUCAAAGCUUUUAUAUGGAUUCAUGUCAUCACAUAGGAGGCCUUACCCACUGUCUGAAUGGUCUGAUGUAGGAAGUAGUUUACUACAUAUUAUUAUUGUUAUUGUUUGUCCUCAGAAUCAACAGGAACGUAUGCGACAUCAGGACUGAGCUGUAUGAAACAAAUUCUAUCUAACACCGUGAUCAGGUCCAUUUCAAACUUUAUUAACAUACAGACAAGUUUGUUUGGAGCUCAGUUUGUCUGUUGUCUAGAAACAGAUCAGGAGCCAAUUUGUGCUUGUACUGCACUUCAGUAGUUCACAAACCCGCUGUGUAUUAGUUUGAAUGACAAGAACGUGAUGCUCAGGGGGAUUAGAGGGUGUUUUCAACAUCAAUUCAAUAUCUGCAGAUUAUUUACAUGAUUAUUUAUUUGUCUAUAAAAUGACAGAAAACAGGAGGAAAUUCCUGUUAUACCCAACUCUACAUAACAUAUAGAAAUUCAGUUUACUAGCAAAACAGUUGAAACCAUCAAACGUUUGGUGUUGUUGCCUAAAUAAUUCAAAUGAAUUGGUGUGAAUACAGAAUGAAUUGGUGUAGAAACAGAUGGAUUGUGUUCGUACUGCUCAGCCCUUAGCUUCACUAUAUCAACACAAUCUGUGGCCCAACAUCUCCAGUGUUAGAAAAGUAUAUAAAGUGUGUUGCCUGUUGUGUAGACAUCUGCAGGGACAGCGCUGACAUUUCAUGCUUAUCUGCGACAGACGACUGUGGAUGUACCACAGUGAUUGCACUUGAACGUGUGGCACCUGCUCGUUCCCACAGAAACCACUCUGGUGUCACGUUGGAGGAGGUGAUUCUUACUGUUAAGUCAGUUUUAUUUCAUAUGUAAAGCAGAAUAAUAGCAGAUUUGGAUGAGGUAAGAGGAGAACAGAGUUAUAUUAAUGGCAACACAUUAGCAAGGUCCCACGUUUCAUAUCGUGGAGCUACUGUGACAACGUCAGAAAUGAAUGACUGUAUUUUCCUUCAUCGGUCAUUAAAAGUCAACUCACUGAAAAAUAAAUUGAAUGCAUUGUUGAAUCAGACAGGUAAAGUCUUAAUGAAAAGUAAAGGUCUUUAACUACAAAGAUUUCUCUUAUUAUGUAGUCGGCUCAUGUACUUUUACCUCAGUUUCUAUGCUCCACCCUUUCCUUCACUGUCAUUAAAGGAAGUCUGAUAUUUAUGAGUAGAGCACGACUUCAGUGCUUCAGUCUUACCUCGUAUUUUCAUACUAUGUUUGCACAGGUACUACUUUUGUAAGAAAAAGCUGUGUGUGAUGUAACCUUUUGAUUUUUACUAUACAGAAAGUAUUAAUACCCAUAUUUGCAUUAAAGUUUUGUAUCAAGAUUCUUAUAUUAAAAGUUGUUGUUUUUUUAACUUAAAAAUAUCUGCACAAGGUUUUCGUACUUGUUAUGAGCUGCUGGGAUUUGAAACACAUCUGCAAUUCAGAUUAUUACCAAAAGCCUCAGAAAGUUUGAAACUCUUUCUGAGAUGCUUUUUUUUUCUUGUCUGUCACAAAGGAUUUCCUUAUUGACAGAUGAACUUUGUUGUAUUCUGUAGUUUCAUAUAUAUCUUGGUGACUCUUGAUGUGUGGAUUUAACCACUUCAGGAAUCUAAUGUGCAACCAUCGUUUAAAAAAAAAGCAUUUUAAUUAAUU